CAGGGAGUGGCGUAAUUUACGUUGUCACUUUGGUGAGCACUACGGCCAUUACCAGUACCGAUUGCAUUAUAAACAGAUUUAUUUGUUUUAUCCUAUUGAUAUUUUUGUUUCUGACAGCUUUAAGACGACAGAAUGGCGCGCAUGACGUGAACACAGACGGUGAACCGGGUAGUAAGUAUCAAGGCGACUACAAUCUUAAUGCUGGGCAGAACUCUGUAUACCAUGCACCAAAUACCGGGAAGCACUCCUACGAGUUGGGAUCUUUCCCUAACGGAGGAUAUGCUGGUUAAGCGGUUAAGAGUGUAGAAUAUGUAUCAAUUAAAAAAAAAAACCAUAUUGUUAUUAUCCGUAUGGCAAAUAAUGUUAAGGUAAAAUAUUCUUAAAAAAAUAAAUUAAUUAAUUAAAAAAAGCUGGUAAUAUGACGAUCCUAGUGCCAGUAUUUCGUGUAAUUAUUAUUGUUAGUAUUGUAGGCAGUGUAAGCAUUGUUAGUCGAGCAAGUUUCUGUGAGUUGCAACGCGAGUUUUUUGAGUGAUAUCUGUAUUGUAUGUAAUUGUAAGUGAAGUAAGUAUUGUUAGUAGGGUAAGUACUGUAAACCAUGUGAGUUUUUUAAGUAAUGUUAAUAUUGUGUGUAAUCGUUAGUAGUUUAAGUAGUACUGUAGUGUGUAGAGGAAGUAUUGUAAGUAGUUUGAAUUCUGUAAGUUGAAAAUCAUGGAAGAAAAAACAAAAGAGUGUAGAGGAUUAUGUUCAUGAAUAGCCUUUUCCAAGCCCUCAGUCAAAGGAGACGAGUGAAACAGUGAACGCACGACUAAUGGAAGAUUCUGUUGUAAGGACAACGGCUGCCUAACUCCACGACCCCCACCCCCCACCACGUUCUUAUUAUUCGUGCGUUAGUUGUUUUGCUCAGACCAUGAACUGAGAGAUUGGUCACAAGCUGGAUUAUGAAGAAAUAAGGAAGGAAGCACAGCUUAGGGAUAGAAUAGAAAUAUUUUUACUAUCAGCUAUCACAAUCCAUUAGCACAGAUUACAAAGGGAUACAGAUAAGAGACUUUGAUAAUUUAAACUGUACGUAGUCUCCAGUUUUUCAAUAAUAAUCAGGGAGUAAAACAAACUCAAAAUCCAUAACAGUAUUUAAGGUUUGGAAUUCGCUUUUUUUAGUAGAAACACAAUGCGCUUUAAUGUGUUUUGGGGACGAGAUAUUGUCCUCUCUUGAACUUUAAAAAAAAAAAAAGCAAACAAACAAACAAAAAAAAACAACAACACAACAAAACGAAGAAAAAUAAUAAAAAUAAAAAUGGAAUACUGGGCUAAUUGUCAUUUGCGGCGAUCCGAAAGGUUUCUUGAAAGUUGUUGCCUCUUUCAUGAUUAACAUUCACGGAGUGACUUGGUGAGAUAUGUCUAAUCGAAGAGCGAACAAGAAGACUUAAGUACAAACUGUAGCACGCUUUUUUGUCUAUAAUUAAUAUUUGCAUUUUAGGUAUAAUUAUUUUUGUAACUAAACGUUCUCUCUGAAUGUUAUUGGCACCAAGAUCAUUAUGGAUCUGCGAAUUGUUUCGAGUCAAAAGCCGCUUAUAUAAUUAUCUUCACUCGUUUGGUAAUUUAAUUAGCUUUAGCUUAAUUUUUACGGUGAGCACUUUUGAAGAACGCUGUUAUCGCACGCUAUAAGUAGCAGAUAGGCAACGCGCGUGCGGUUUUCUCGCACGCACGUGACUCUUAAUGCUCUUUUGAGUGUGUGCACAGGCUUGCAGUUAUGGAGUGACUUAAACCGACUUGUGUAAGUUCGUCUGAUAAUAAAAGCAAUACCCGCAUUUUAUAAAAUUAUUGCGUUGCAGCUUUUACAAAAGAUCUUGUUAACGUUUCCGGUAGAAUUUGAUUGAAUCCGUGAGCGUCAAGUAAAACUAUGUACGGGUUUAUUGUGGGAAUUCGAUCAAUACGUCUUGCUUCCGUGUGGAACCGAAACUAUCAAGUGUCAAGAACAGCGAUUUUAGGGUAUGACUAAGUGAGGACUUUCGUCACCUAAAAAACUGGCGUUAUUUUGGAAUUUCUGUGGCACUAUGCCGUUAGUAUUAAAAUUUGUUUUUAUUUUGACUGUUUCGCUUUGAUUUUCGUCAACUAUGACGGAUUUCCUUUGUAUUUUGACGUAAAUAAUAAAUCUCCUGGUUUUCAUUUCCUUUCUAUCAAAAUAGUAACAUAAUCAUCGUGUUAAGAGACUUAGUGGGGAGGGGGAGGAGAGAAGGCAAGCAAGAUUCCUCCCCUCCCCUCUAAUUUCUCGCAUCUUUUUUUCUUUCACUUCUUUCAUUUAAACUCUCGCAGUAGAAAUAUCCAAAGGAAACCCCUUUUGUCGAAAGGAUCCCUCAAGUUGCGUCGACCUCUUAGUACAUACCAUCAAGUUACAGCUGAAGAACUGAAAUUGUCACAGACUCGUCAAUGACGUCAAGGUCACGCUAACUUUAUUCGGUCUGUUGCCUCUGUGCUUGCUUCCAUAUUUCCGCAGUUAAAUACGAAAUAGAACUGACUUAUGUUGCUCUGUUGAUUUCGACCUCGUCGAUUCCUCAGCGUGAAGAAGAUCAAGCUUCGUUAAAAUAGAACAAGAAGUUUGAAUACCAUCAUGAUUUCAGCCUGGAUCUUGAUUACAUUUUGUGUUGCCUCCCUGACUCUGGUGACAAGUGAUCCCUGCAGCCCUCCUGGAGAGUCCAUUAAUGCUACUAGUGGUCAUAUUUCCAGCCCCAAUUUUCCCAACAACUAUGACGCAAAUAGGAUUUGUACCUGGAAUAUCACGGUGCCCAGUGGGAAAAUCAUCAAACUGACCUUCUUGAACUUUACCCUGGUAGCAGGUGAAAACGAUGACUGUGCUGGUGCGGCAGCAGAUAGUGCCCGAGUCUUUAUCACAAACGUUGCCUCUCAUGGAGGAAAACCUAACGACUUUAAGAUCUGUGGUCAAAAGCUUCCCCCUCCUGUGUACUCAGAGGGAAAUUUCAUUCAAGUGAGAUUUGAAUCUCGCACCGGCUCUGUAAACAAAGGGUUCAAUGCAACCUUUGAGGCGAUAGAUGGAGAUUCAUUGUGCCCAGCAGAUAUGAUCCUCGAUGAAACAUCAGGCUCUCUCUCCUCUCCCUUUAAUCCAAGAAACUAUCCAUUCAACCAGACAUGUAGCUGGAAUAUUACAGGGAAACAAGGAUACCGUGUUGAGCUCACAAUACCAGACUAUAAUCUUCAACGUUGUGGUGGCACUGCUUGCUUGUGUGAUUAUUUGGAAGUUCAGAAUAGCUUCAGUGAUAAAGCGCUACCUGGAAAACUAUGUGGCACACCAAGGGCUCCUCCUGUAAAAUUUUAUUCACUGCACGAAAGCUUGAGGGUGGUGUUUGUGUCCGAUGAUAAAAACAUGGAUUAUGACGGAUUUGAGGCAACUUACAAGCUGUUGAACCACAGUCCUCCAAGUAAGUAGAGAAAAAAACUUCGUAAGAUCUAAGAGUUCACUGAGAGAAGAUGUUUCAUGCAAUAAACUCACCCAUACAAGUAAUGAUACGGAGCUUAGUUAAUAAGAGUGGAGGCUCUCUCUGUUAUCAACUCAGCGUGAAUGCAAACAUCUCUGAUGUAGAGUGUAAGCGGUGAUGUGCUGGAAGCCAUGCCAACCUUAAUUGAAUAAAGGGGGUAAGUUUCCAAAGAAAGUGUGAUGAGGCGUCGGUCGGGGAGUAUAAGAGGAUAGUUUG